AUGCCAAUCUCUAAUAUUGUUAAGUCUUGGCUCUUUCAAGGUUUUCAAAUUCCAUCUAUUCUAUUUGGUAUCUUUGCUCUCUAUCAUUUACUGAUGGAUCGAGCACUUCGAAAUGCACUUCACAAUCAUGUUAUUAUUGCCAUGGUCUUUGUUGGUCUUAUCUUGCAAUGUUUCGAUGUUUCGGCGCUCGCUUACUACUAUCGUACCGGCACUGUAUUAGUAUCCACAAGAACCUUUUGUGUUGCCUGGACGUUCAUUCGUUCCAUUGGGAUUACAGGAACACUAAAUCUAGUGGCUUGGGCGUCGAUUGAACGCCAUAUUCUUAUCUUUCAUCCAAAUUUGGUUCGUACAAAAACAAAGCGAUUUUUUCUUCAUUAUCUCCCAUUGGUUAUAUGCAUGAUGUAUCCUGCCGUAUUUUAUUUUGCUAUAUUCUUCAUUGUACCUUGUCCUAUUACAAUGAAUUACGAAAUAGUAGGUUGUGGUUAUUAUUCUUGUGUCUUUUUUUACCCGUCACUUGCAUUGUGUAAUAUUGUGGUGAAUUUCUUACUGUCUCCAUUUAUCAUUGUAAUAUUCAGUGCAGCUCUUAUUAUACGUGUGGUAGCUAGCAAAUUCCGCGCUCGCCAACGCAUUCAUUGGCGUAAUUACAGGAAUAUGGCCAUCCCAUUAUUAUCAAUAUCUCUCGUCUAUAUCAUUCUAUACUGUCCACCAAUGCUUUUAUAUACUGCUUAUUUGGCUGGUUUAUCACAAAAUAUAGCCGCCGAUUACUAUUCUGUUACCAGCAGUUUUAAUUACUUUGCUAUAACGUUCACGCCUAUUACAUGUGCUCUCUCAUUGCCUGAACUUCGAACGAAGUUUAAAAUAUGUUUUCCAUGUUGCCGAAGACGUCGUGCUACUGUUGGUCCACAAGCAUUGAUGAUGACUCGUCCAACAGCUGGUACAACAGCUGCAAUAGCAGCAAUUGCUAAAUAA